CUCUCCCGAAUAUUCAUUUUGUGUUCAUAUCUUGACGCCGUUUAUACAUAUGGCAUGUGAUGACUCUUAUACCGUCCAAAUCAUCCCUCUCCAGAACAGCCUCUACAGCCCUGAUGCUCUGCACUGCUUCCACUGGCUGAAGAGACGUAGAGAUCUGGAAAGACAGAAGGAUGUCCUGUGGGCUGGACUGCAGGUUGUGGAACAGACACAACUGUGGUACCAGAAUCGCCUGCAGCUGAAUUUACGAAGGCACAUUAGCUUUACGGGAGACAUGGAAGGAGAGGGCAAUUGCUCCUGUGCUCUGCGGUCCUGUAUGCAGCGUGUUAAUGGGAGUAUGGGUAGUUUGAUGAGCGACUCCUGUAUCUGGAACAAUCUGGCCCCAGAAGAGACUGGAGGUUCAGAUUGGGACCUCCGGUGGAGCAAUGCCACACUGGUCAAGGAAGUUAAUCGACGGAAUCAACAGAUUUCCAUGUUGGAGCUUGAGAAGGCACGACUUCAGCAGCUGGUGUCUUACAGCACAUCUGAUUGAUCAUAUCCGCACAUUUACAACUGUAAUCACAAAAUGGUUUCAACCAAAUCAAACAGAGAAUUGCAAAUAGUUAAAAUAGCUUUGAAAAGACUGAAUGUUAAAAUCAA